CCCCAGAAGAAGAAAAAAAAAUCUGUUUGGUUGUUGCGCUGCAUACACAGAAAGCUUGUAGAGAUGGCCAUGUCAAUGUCAGAGGACCAGUUCCUGUGCUGCAUCUGUCUUGGUGUUUUCAUCGACCCAGCCACAAUCCCGUGUGGACACACCUUUUGCAAGCCUUGUCUCGAGGCCUAUUGGCACACGAGAGACACUGCGAUCUGUGCUCUGUGCAAGACUAGCUUCACACCAGCCCCCAACAUCCAGGUCAACAUGGUCAUGAGAGACCUUGUGGAAAGCUUCAAGGGGGCAAGUGGAGGGGACGAGGUCGUCGACCAGUCGUCGACUCUGGCUCCGGGAGAGGUCUCCUGUGACAUAUGCAUCGGAGACAGGAUGUCCAAGGCCGUCAAGACCUGCCUGGUGUGUGUGUCGUCGUACUGCCUGGAGCAUGCAAGGGUCCACAAUGCCCGGUUUUCCAGGCACCAGCUAGUCAGACCGCUAGCUAACCUGGAGGAAAGGAUGUGUCCGACCCACAACAGGCUCCUGGAGCUUUACUGCUGCUUUGACAAGACCAUGUUGUGUGUGGCUUGUGACUCUCACCAGGCGCCGGCCCACCUGGUUGUGACUAUGCGGGUAGAGUUCUUGCUUCAAAAGGCUCAGCUGGCUAAAGCCAAGACAGUGGUCAAGGAGAAGCUGAAGGCCACUCGGAUUGAGGCAGAGAAAUUAAACUCUUCAGUCCUACUCUGUGAGCAUAAAGCAGCAAGGCAAAUCAAGUUUGUGAAUGCCUUCCACCUAGCCCUGGUCAGCAAGGUGAGUAUGCUAUACGAUCGCUACAACACUGAGGCCUCGAGGAGAGUGGACGAGCUGGAGAGGACAGCUUCCCAUUGGAAUUGUGCGCUUGAAGAAGACAUUACAGCUCUGAUGAGGAGAGUUUUUGCAUUGGAGCGAGUGAUUGGCUCCUCAGACUCCUUUGAGCUUCUUAAUAAUCUUUCCUCUCUCCCUCCUGCUCCUCCAGAUGGCAUCAGAGGACCAUGCAGCGUCAACAUCCCCACAGAUCUACUUGGGAACCUUGCGGAGCAUUUCAUGCAAAACAUGGCCAAACUACCCAAGAUGGGAUGCUUCACUACAAAUGGCAGUGCUGGCUCAGGACAUCCAGCCAACUUGAGGACUGUGGGAACCAUUGGAGUCAACAUGAGCCAGCAUCCCUAUGAGAUUACCUUGGUUAAAGAGUUCACAGUUGAGGUGACUCCUGACCCCAGCACAGCCCACCCAUCGCUCCUGUUCAGAAGGGGGUCCCAUGGUUGUGAGAUUCGGGUGGACCGGAGCAAGAUUGCUAGGGCGUUCCCCAUGUCGACCCAGCGCUUCACCCAGGUGCCGUGUGUCCUCGCCACCCAGUGGUUCAGCAGCCAUCGAGCCUACUGGGAGGUUGAGGUGGAGGACUGGGUUGGAAAUGGAUCUGAUGUGUGGUUUAUAGGUGUGGCAACUGAGUCCUCCAUGACUUCUCAAGGGGUGAGUGUCACCCCUGGGAAUGGAUUCUGGGUCCUGGUACACCGUGAGGGGAGGCUUUGGCCAACCGCUACCACCAACCCUGCCAACAACCCUAUGGCCAUCGUAACACAAAUGAGAAAGGCACAUGUGGGUGUGUACUUUGACGGGCGGAAGCGACUUGUGUCAUUCUACGACAUUCAUCUCGGUGAUCACCUCUACACGUACCAACACGUGCCAACCAAUGAAAGACUCUUCCCUGUCUUCAGCCCUGACUACUUCUGUCCUUCAUUCAAACACGCCAACCAUGCCAUGAUUGUUAGAACCCACACUGCAACAAACCCCCUAUGUGGACGAUGAUGCUCAUUGACAGUCCAAUCCUUUUGGGGCAGAGUUCUUGUCAGAAUCAUUAGAAAAUGGUGAAUUCAAAAAUGUUUUAGAGGUAGACUUAUUGUUGUCCGAAUAUUUCUUUUGUGUGAAGUUUUACAAAAUAAAAUAUAUUUUUUUU